AUGGAGGGCUAUGCUGUGGCUGGAGAGGACAAGUCGCGCGGCUCCAGCGUGACUGCGCCCCCGUCGGGCGGGAGGGACUCAGCCCUAGGGCCCUCUACCGCCUCCCUGCCCCCCGGGGCAGCACGUGCGAGGCGGAGCUGUGGCUCCUGCUUGGAGCUGAUUGGGCGCAAACUGGUGGGCGGGGCCGGACCUCAGCUGUCAGAGCUGCUUCGGCGGCGACGGCGCAUCGGGCUGAACCGUGGCCGCGCCGCAGCCGGGGCCGGAGGCCGCGGGCGGGGGGCAGCCGCCGCCAUCCUCAGCUUGGGCAACGUGCUCAACUACCUGGACAGGUACACCGUAGCAGGAGUCCUCCUGGACAUCCAGAAGCACUUUGGGGUCAAGGACCGAGGCGCUGGCUUGCUGCAGUCAGUGUUCAUCUGCAGCUUCAUGGUGGCUGCCCCCAUCUUUGGCUACCUGGGUGACCGCUUCAACAGGAAAGUGAUCCUCAGUUGCGGCAUUUUCUUCUGGUCAGCAGUCACAUUCUCCAGCUCCUUCAUCCCCCAGCAGCACUUCUGGCUGCUGGUCCUGUCUCGGGGGCUGGUGGGCAUUGGUGAAGCCAGCUACUCCACCAUUGCGCCCACCAUCAUCGGCGACCUCUUCACCAAGAACACACGCACGCUCAUGCUGUCUGUCUUCUACUUUGCCAUCCCGCUGGGCAGUGGCCUGGGGUACAUUACUGGCUCCAGCGUGAAGCAGGCAGCUGGAGACUGGCACUGGGCCUUGCGGGUGUCCCCCAUUAUGGGCAUGAUCACAGGAACGCUCAUCCUUGUCCUUGUCCCGGCCACUAAGAGAGGCCACGCCGACCAGCUUGGGGGACAGCUUAAGGCACGAACCUCAUGGCUCCGAGACAUGAAGGCCCUGAUCAGAAACCGUAGCUACGUCUUCUCCUCCCUGGCCACGUCGGCUGUGUCAUUCGCCACAGGGGCCCUGGGCAUGUGGAUCCCGCUCUACCUGCACCGCGCCCAAGUAGUGCAGAAGACGGCGGAGACAUGCAGCAGCCCGCCUUGUGGGGCCAAGGACAGCCUCAUCUUUGGGGCCAUCACCUGCUUUACGGGCUUUCUGGGUGUGGUCACGGGGGCAGGAGCCACGCGCUGGUGCCGCCUGCGGACCCAGCGGGCUGACCCUCUGGUGUGUGCUGUGGGCAUGCUGGGCUCUGCCAUCUUCAUCUGCCUCAUCUUCGUGGCCGCCAAGAGCAGCAUCGUGGGGGCCUAUAUCUGCAUCUUUGUCGGGGAGACACUGCUGUUUUCUAAUUGGGCCAUCACCGCAGACAUCCUCAUGUAUGUGGUCAUCCCCACGAGACGGGCCACCGCCGUGGCCUUGCAGAGCUUCACUUCUCACUUGCUGGGGGAUGCCGGCAGCCCCUACCUCAUCGGCUUUAUCUCUGACCUGAUCCGCCAGAGCACCAAGGACUCCCCGCUCUGGGAGUUCCUGAGUCUGGGCUAUGCCCUCAUGCUCUGCCCUUUCGUCGUGGUCCUGGGUGGCAUGUUCUUCCUCGCCACUGCUCUCUUCUUCCUCAGUGACCGUGCCAAGGCUGAGCAGCAGGUGAACGAGCUGGUGAUGCCACCUGCAUCCGUGAAGGUCUGAGGCGGUGCCUCUGGGACAAUGAAGAGCCCUCCCUCCCACCUAGUCUAGGGAGUAGCCUACAGCCUCCCAGCCCUGCUGGGCUGUCCAGCUUUCCAUGUGACCCACGGCUGGGCACCCACCCUCUCUGGUUUGAGACUGAGUGGC